UGGAAAAGCAGUGUAUUUCCUCCACUGAAUGCAAUGAGUUUUCUCUUCCAAAAACUUCUUCCUUCAUCUAAUUCAUCUGUCAAAGUUUUCUUAAUCAUCAUAGUUUUAUUCUUGUACCAUAAUGCUGCUGCUGUGACACUACCCGAAAACGAAACGAUUCCAGCAGUGAUUGUUUUUGGAGAUUCAAUUGUGGAUCCUGGCAACAACAACAAUAUCAAAACUAUAGUCAAAUGCAACUUCCCACCAUAUGGGAGGGACUUCAUAGGGAGAAAGCCUACUGGAAGGUUUAGCAAUGGAAGAGUCCCCUCAGACUUCAUAGCUGAAUCAGUUGGAGUGAAGAACAUUUUGCCAGCUUAUCUGGAUCCAAGUCUGAAGGUUCAAGACCUACUUACUGGUGUAAGUUUUGCCUCAGGGGGUACAGGAUAUGAUCCUCUGACUCCCCAAGUAGUGUCUGUCUUAUCAUUAUCAGAUCAACUGGACCUGUUCAAAAAAUACCUAAGCAAGAUAAAUGCAGCAGUCGGGGAGGCGAGAACGGCGACUAUACUAUCAAAAAGCAUAUACAUUGUGUGCUUAGGAAGCGAUGACAUUGCAAACACUUAUUAUUCUACACCACUGAGGAGACGUCAAUAUGACAUUCCAGCAUAUACAGAUCUGAUGCUUAAAUCAGCUUCAAGUUUCUUUCAGGAACUAUAUGACCUGGGAGCUAGAAGGAUUGGCAUAAUAAGCUUGCCAGCAAUUGGGUGUGUGCCAUCACAAAGAACACUGAAUGGAGGCAUAGACAGAGGGUGCUCAGACAAUGCCAACCAAGCAGCAAGCCUCUUCAACUCCAAGCUCACUGCCCAAAUAGAUGCCUUCAACAAGAGGCUUCCAGAAGCAAGGCUUGUCUACCUUGAUAUCUACAACACAUUGCUUUCUCUCAUCCAAAACCCUUCUCAAAAUGGAUUUGAAGUGGUGAACAAAGGCUGCUGUGGAACAGGAAAUAUUGAGGUCAGCAUUUUGUGCACUCGUUACUCUCCAGGUACCUGCAAGGAUCCAUCAAAAUAUAUAUUCUGGGACAGUUACCAUCCCACAGAGAAGGCAUAUAAGGUUCUUGUCCCUCUGGUUUUUGAUAAGCAAGUUCAUAAAUUCUUCUGAGCUCUCUCUCUCUCUCUCUCUCUCUCUCUCUCUCUCUCUCCAAUCAAUAAAUUGUGAAGCCAGAUUAAUUUGUUGUAGUUCCCUUCUUUCUUUCUUUUUAUUGUCCCAGGUGUUUUGCUUUUCAUGUAAGCUGAACCCAAUUUGGUAGAAACUUAUGUAGUAUUCUAUUGUGUGUUCCAUGCAAUGCAGGAACUGUUAUUUAAUUUUAUGCAUUCUGUUCUGAACCAUGAACAA